AGGAAAGGCAAACUAAUUGUAAAUCUGUAUAAUGCCUGUAAUUUCUUUGUUUUGUUAAUUGAGAGUAUAAUUAUUUUUUUUCCCUAGGUUGAAUUUCGAUGUAACCCUUGAAUAUUUUGAUUUAUCGUUUUAUUCGUUGCCGUCAAUUAUAUUUCUCCCCAUUAUUCGCAACUAAGGGUUAUCAUUUAUAAUCUGCAAUCCCCCCUCGACCGCUUCGUGGUAUACGCGAUGCCAUUCGUUAUGAACAUACCCUUUUAUCUCUGCAGCAGCUAAUUAGUGUAUGGGGCAUUGCAUGUCAACUCGGCCAGAUUUCUACCUCCCUUUUAUUUUUUUUUCUUCAUUCUAUUUUUGCUGAGAAUUCUGAACCUAAUUCAGGCUAUUCAGUAAGAAGAUAAGAAAAGAAACUUGAAGCCAAGUAGUUAUCUCAUUCAAUCAAUCUAAUUAACAUAGUUUUCUAAUUUCGCUGAAGAUCAUGAAAUAUAUUAUUUUUUACCUGUGUGAAAAAAAUAGAGAUCUCUCUCAGGAUUCUGAAAAGUUUCAUCAUAGAUAUAUUGAACUUUCAUCAUUUAAUUUGAAGCCUUAGAAAUUUUGGGGGGAAAUUUUUCGAAAACUCUACAGAGGUAAGGUCUGCAGAAUCUGGUCGAGUUGACAUGGAAUGCCCUAUUAUAUGGCUACAAAAUCGGACUCUUAUUAUAUGUGCUGUCUACUAUACUUAUAAUUAUUAUUCACAAUGGUAUUGGUAAAGCUGCAGCAAACUUUGCUAAUGCUUCUUGACUUCGCGUGUUCUCAGAUUAUGUCGCGAUGUCCCCGUCUACGUCAUGCGAAUUAUAUUCCUUGGGAUAUACAUACCGUUAAAAUAUUAUAGAUAAUACCGAUACCCACCACCGUGCCUGCAAAACUUAGUUUUUAGUUAAAACAAACGUGCAGUUUAUCCUCGACUAUUGCCCGAUGCGGAUAUUAAUCCCCGCGAUCAUUUGAAAUGUAUUCCGAGUUAUCUGAACUCGUUCGUUUUGAUGCAAGAGAAUCUUGGACUAUUUGAUAUUCUUUCGCUUUGAUUCUGCUGGCUGUUCUUUGCUUUUUCACAUCACGUUGAAUUUCCAGAAACAAUUUCAAGUACAGAACGUGCAGAUCAAUCAUGCUCGGCAAAAAAAGGGGUGGGAUCAGCGCCGCGCGUCGAAUGGCAAAAAAAAGUACGCCGGCUGCACUCCAAACGGAAGUCAACACCGACGACGAAUGGAAGAAGAUUUUGGAAAGGAAGGGACUAGUCGUGGUUGAUGUGUAUUCGGGAUGGAGUGGACCGUGCGCGGGGAUGAUUAGUCUUUUGAAAAAAGUAAAAAUGGAAACUGGAGGGGACUUGCUGAGUUACGCUAUUGCAAAAAGUGACGAUAUCAAAGACCUCGAACGAUUCAGGGGAAAAAGUGAACCCACUUGGAUGUUUCUUCACGAUGGCAAGAUGAUUAAUUUACUUUUUGGAGCCGAUUGCCCCGAACUCCAUAGAGUCCUGAAUGAAGAACUUCAAAGACUUCAGACCGGAGAGCAGCCCAAUUUUUUGAUGGAGGUAACCGAACGAAGUCCAGAGGAAGAAAAGAGACUGAGAAUUCUCGAAGAAACUAGACUGGCUAAAGAAGCUGCAAAAAAAGCACAAGAAGAAGCGGAGAUAAAGGCAAAGUACGAAGCGGAAAUGAAUCACUUCACGAGUUCCUUGGCCAAGGAAACCUGCCUUAUUUUAUACCCGUGGGUAUUUAAGGACGAGGAAUUUCACAGGAGAGAUAAGAAAUCCAGUCCGCCGUACAUGGAACUCAUCGAAGAACUUUUACCAGAUAAUUACAAAAUUGCUGAAGAAUUUAGAAAGCAAUUGGACGAAACUAUUGUCAACGAUAUGCUCAAAGAGUCUGAUUACGAAAUGACGGAAAAUUCGACAAAACUUUUGCUAGACGGAAAAUGUAUGUGCAUGCGUCUUAAAAUCAGUGAAAAAAAAUUAGAAAUGGAUGUUGAAAAAUAUUUGCUCAAUAUUUUAUUUGGAGAACCGUCCUUGCCAAAACCUGGUCAACCCCCAAUAGAAGGAUGUUAUGCAGAACGUCAUAAACCGGCUUUUACUCCAAAUUCCAAGGAUGAUAUUUAUCCUGUCGUUUGGGCAGCUCCCAAUCCCCGAAACAAGGCUACAGUUUUCCAAAUAAUAUUUCGAAACUAUGUCGAAAAAAAUUAUCCGUUUGAGCACGAGACGUCGAGAGUACCGAUAAUCGUGUUUAAAUAUGAUAGCACGAAGAAGAAUGAUAUAAAAAUAAUUGUGAGUAAUUAUAAAUCGGAUUUGAUGAAUUUCGGCGUAUUUGAACGUGACAAACCACCGGAAGCCAAACGUAUCGCUACAUCGAUAGAAGAGUUUGAGGAAAAGGCAGAAGAAAGGACGGGGUACGAAAUCUUCGUCUGCGUCGUGAGAAAAAUCGACAGCGAAUCCUUUUUGGCUUUUGCUGGGAUCGGACCUUAUCACGUUAGCGAAAGUCCUGAAAAAGCGAUCGAUGAAGCUGCCGUUUAUUUUCCGGCUCCUGGACUUGUAGAAGAAGUCCCAUCUGAUGAUGAAGAAAAUCUUGAAACUGAAGAGAAUCCUGAGGGACAAAAUGGGAACGCGGCGGGAACAGGAGAACCGGUCGCUACCGCACUGUAAUCACAUUGGGCGAUGAUCGAUCUGAUUAUUGGUAACGUAUAUUCGUAGUUUUAAAUUCUGAAUGCGGAUUUUUAAUUCAGCAGUUUUGAAUUUGCUUUACAUAUUGUAAAUAUUUGAAUAGUCACAAGAAUGAAAAAUAAAAGAAGAAUUAGAUUCUAAAAAUCUAUUACCUGGUUUAUUUUAAUAUACCAGAGCUACGAUUUUCUAUAAACUUCGAUGACGACCACGCGGAAAAAAACUAUAGCAAAAUAUCUUCGGGCGACUUGAACAAUUAGGUAAGUCAUCAAGAUGUUUGAAUACUCAGAAACGAUUCAGGAAAUGUUUGAAAUAUAAUUUGAAAAUGGUCAGUCUGUAUAAAAGAACAAAACCUGAUAAGUAGACAGCCAUUCCAAUCGGGUGUCUUCUCAAUAACGUCCCAAAGUUGGUGAAAAAAGUUGGAAGAAUCGAUCUGAGAUAUUCUCAAACAAUUUUAUUUUAAAAAUCUGAUAUAAAAUUUCCAUCAUUUACUGCAUUAUUAACGAACAUUAGUGGAGUGCUGUAACAGAAAUUUCAUCCAUAAUAAGCAAUCGAUAUGCUCGAAUUCAGUGCUAAUGUUCUUUGCCUCUUGUUCUUAUUGGCAAAUCUAAAUCCGAGCUUUGCAAAUCCAGUAGAGUUAGUGGAAAAUGCCGAGGAUACUGGAAGGUCGCUCAAAGUCGUAUCAGAGAACCUAAGAAUGGAACUUGACUAUUUAGUUGAUCUGAUUGUGCAAUGUCAAACAGACAAGCUGAAAAAUUUGGAUCGCAUUGAGACCCUAAGCACAAUUGUGGACCACAUAAAACAACAGAAGGAAGAUUUAACUGUUGAAAAUGAACUCCUGAAACGCAAGUUCAGGUUGAUCAUGGAGGCACUUUCUCCCAGCACUGUUAGACUACUGCAUCUCGAUACUGUAGAAGAAGUUCCAGAAUUCAGAGACGACGGCAUCUUUGAACACGGACCUUCUAGACGCUGAAUUCAUAAAAAAAUUCUGCCACUAUUCAUCAGGCCUUACAGGAUCUGAUGAGGAUCCGAAAUCAGUUGUAGAAUUGUACUUGUGAGAAUUAGCUGAAUUUUCAUUCACACUAGUUAGUAUUGGCGGUACCGUAGACAGUUCAAGUUAUGUAAUUCCAAAUAUGAUGGGCUCAAAGCAUUCGUUUGUGGUAAACAGAAGUUAGAAAUUUUCAUGAGAAAACCAACAACAAAUAAUUUUUAGUCUUACUUAGUUGUAAACACCGACAUUUAUUUCGUACUAUUUUCUUGUACACUGUAUAUAAUGUGAUAAUAAACAAUCUACAAGGUUAGAUCAA